AUGGAACAGUUAUUAGUCUACUUUGCUAUGCGUUUAACGCCACAUGUUGUUGGAGAUUUAAAUUGUCCGGUACUUAAACCCUAUUUUGAUGAUGUACGACGCAGCUUUACUAGUACACGCAUGUCUCUCAUUUCCAAAUAUGUUCGUGAUCAUAGUACUGUGGAUUGGUUUUACGAUCAAGAAUUUAUAAUAAGGAUGAGACAGGAUUUGAAUCCUGAAUCUCAUGCGAAGUAUGAUAAUAUUCCUGUUUAUUGGGAAAAAUCCCAUUUUAUUACAGCUAUGAAAGCUUUAGUAGAAGCAGAAGAUCAAGGAUUUAUUCUUGAAGAUGAUUUGAUAAAAGAAAUUGGUUAUAAAGCAGUUCGUUCACUUGUUGAUUACAGAUAUUUAUACCGACGACCAAAUUUUGGUCUUAAUAGUGAUUUAACUAAUCCUCCAGCAGAGUCAAAAGUAAUGUUAACUCCAAUGAGUCAACUAACAUUAAAUGCAGCAAAAAAACUAUUAAAAAAAAAUAAUUAA